CCGGGCAUCACCGCCCGCACACGAGAACACCCCCCCGCCAACCUACCCGUCCACCCAUUGCUUGCCCGCCAUGGUCCGACCGGUCAAGAAUGUCGCCAACCACGGCCGUACAAUCUUCAUCUACAAUAACAUCCACACCAACCAAGUCGUCUACUCCCUCACGCGAACCUUGAAUAACAACGAUGCACUCAAGCAACUCCCGUUCAUCGCGAAGAAGACGGUUCCUGCCGCGCUCCGAAAGGACCACUGGUCUCCGCUCGCGACUGUGUCCUUCCCCGAGCCCGCGCUCGGCCUCAAGACGUAUCACAAGCUCCGAGAGUUCCGGAAGUUGCACGAGACACAAUACGACCCCGUGCUCCUCGAGAUGCCAAAGAAGGAGCGCAAGUACGUCAUCAUGAACCAGAAGGCGAACUCCAUCGCGGAUCUGGCCGAGAGCUUGCGCAUCGAGAUCGCGCGCUCGGCGAGUGAAGGCGUGGCCAUCAAGAACGGCGACGUGAUGGUGCGCUGGAGGGAUAUGUUGGAUACGCAGUAUGCGGCUGAGUGGCCGGAACUCGUGGGACAUGCGGAUCAGGGCAGGUCGGACCGGCCGUAUAUGGCGCCGAAGGUGGAGCUACCUAAAGUGGAAGCAGUACCGGAAGCGGACGCUCCGAAGGAGGAGGCUGUGACGGUGUAGAGGAUGGGUGGGUGGGAUGUGUAUAUCACUCUUGUAACAACAGAUUUCGGUGGGCACCCUGGAACAUCUGUCGCAAUUGCAAUUGCACGGCACAUCAGCUACAACAGCCCGCAAUCGUGCCGUAUCUCAUAGCUACAUACGAAGUGACGGAUGUUUUCGCCGGUUGCUGUUUCCUGCGUCCAAUUCCGGCAGGAGAGGGCUGCGCACGUAAUCCAGACGUCAAACGUUGACUAUCCAAGCUUUUUAUCUGUCCAGC